AAUGGCAUAACCUGCGCCUGUCACCCUGCGCAGUAGAGCUGUCCAGUCAGAAAGAUCACAAAAUGGCGACUUGUGGUAGGGAAGUGCCGAGUUUGUAGCUGUUCAUGCUGUUUUUGGCGUUAUCCCUGGAAAAACUCGACAAAGUUUGCAGCUAACAUUGUAAGAAUCUAUACCCCAAAACUGAGGAAUAGAUAAAGAAGCACCAUGCCCUGCUGGUACUAUGAGAAGAAGGACCUGUUGUGCUCACCCUCUGCAACUGCUGGGGUGGACUACGCUACAGAGUGUAGAUACAGGAGGGAGGGAGCCAGAUUCAUCAUUGAUGCAGGAACAGCUCUGGGAUUAAAACCACAAACCUUUGCUACUGGAGUUGUAUAUUUCCACAGAUUCUAUAUGUUUCACACAUUCAAGGAUUUCAACAGAUACGUCACUGGUGCUUGUUGUCUGUUCCUGGCCGGGAAGGUAGAGGAGACACCCAAGAAAUGUAGAGACAUUAUCAAAACAGCACGGGCCUUGCUGAACGACAAGCAGUUUGCUCCUUUUGGUGAUGAUCCAAAAGUACAGCAGGAGGAGGUGAUGACACUGGAGAGGAUCCUCCUGCAGACCAUCAAGUUUGACCUGCAGGUGGAGCAUCCCUACAUGUACAUCCUCAAGUAUGCCAAGUCACUCAAAGAAGAUGCCCAGUCUCUGACUCUAGACAAGAAUAAGCUGCACAAGCUGGUGCAGAUGGCAUGGACAUUUGUUAAUGACAGCCUGUGUACGACCCUGUGUCUACAAUGGGAGCCACAGAUCAUCGCCAUCGCCAUCAUGCACCUGGCAGGGAGACUCACCAAGUUUGACAUGCUGGGGGCCGUGCAGUCCAACGCUGACAAACCUGUCAAGAACUGGUGGGACAGGUUUGAAGAGGACGUGUCUCUGGAACUGUUGGAAGACAUCUGUCAUCAGGUGCUGGACCUGUACUCCCAGCCCCAGGGCAUAUCUACACCGUCCCCUCCCCCCUCUCCCGCAUCCAGACCUGCCAAGAGACCCAGGAUAGAAUCCCCUGGUCAGAUGGAACCAAAACCUUCCACACAAGCUGCAGCUAACGGAGUGCCUAGUGCCGAAAGAGCUGAAUUCUCCGCAGACGACUCUUCGCAAGAAGCAGUGCCCUCCUCAUCCACACAGAGCUACCACAGCGCCCCCACCUCCUCUACUUCAUCUGUCAAGUCAUCCCCUGUGGAACCCCAGUCCACAGCGAACACAGAACUGGUCUCCAUGGACAUAUCAGAGAGUUCCAAUCCUCCCAUAGAGCAGAACCCAGCCCCUAGCAGCUCUACUCAGCUUCCCACUCUCCAAGCUUCUGCGAGCAGCACAUCGGUGCACCAACAAGUCCCUUAGUAAGCCACCACCUCCAACACAAAGUUACACCCAGCCUCCUCCCCCCUCACAUCAACCAGGAUUCCCCCCUCCCGGGCAUCCCCCUCCCAACUAUCCUCCCCCGAACGUUCCUCCUCCCAACUACCCACCACCAGUCCCACCACCAGGUCCCCCACCCCACAACACGGCAGCACCUCCUCCAAACUUUCCCCAGGGAGUCCCGCCCGACCCCUCUCUAAGUCAGACCACAGGGACCACGUCUUACUUACCCAAGGGUACGGGAGAUGUCAACUUUGGACAGCAGAGCUCCACUGGUAGCUACAGUUCCCAGGGUACUGGAGUGGGGGCUGCUAGCUCCAGUUACGGAGCCGAUGGGUCCAGUAUGGGUACAGGCGGUGCCACUGGGUACAGUCAGCAGGGAACGGGGUACGGGACCAGCCAGGCCAACUUUGCGCAACAAGGAGCUCCUCCUCGGGGUAUGUAUGGUGCAAAAGGCGGUGACAACUUUGGCAAUGCUCAAAGUGGUCACUAUCAACAAGCCGGUGGAUAUGGUACGUCUGGUGCAGGUGCUUCAGGCUAUGGUUCAAGUGGGGGGAACUUUGGCCAACAGGCUGGUGCUUAUGGAGCAGGUGCAGGUGGUACUAACUAUGGCCAGCCUGCAGGCAACACAGCCUACAACCAGAGUGGAGGUUACCCUGGGUCAGGCACCUACCAGGGGGGACCGGGAAAGGGGGGUGGCUACUCCGGAGGGGGUUAUUCUGAUGGUAGUAACCAGUUCUCUUCAACACCAUACAAACCACCACAUACACCCACCACCCCAGGCUACCCCACCCCACCCAUGGGGGGCUCGUCCAGUUUCCAACCCAGAGGACCCCACUAUGACACCCCGCGGGGCCCUCCCCCCACAGGCCAGAACAACAGCUCUGCCCCAUCCGCAGGCCUGCCCAGCAUCAGGAUAACAGGCAGGGAUGGCAUGUGGAACAGGAGAGACUCACGAGGGGGCUGGAACAGAUAGUCCAACUUUAUCCCGAUGAACUGGAUGUUUCUAUGUUGUUGUUGGUCUCAGUUUACUGUACUCCAGUUUAAAGCAACUUGUAUUUUUGUCACAUCUUAAACUGUGUAAAAAUUUUGACCUACUAAGUAUUCAGUUACAAUUAAGUUUACUUUGGCUCAAGUAUCGAAAAUGUAUGUCUGACAGAAUCCUAAUCGUGCUCUCUAUAGCACUCUUACCUUACUUUACCUAGUCCCAUGGCACUCAAGGGUCAGUAAUUGUACUACAUUGUAGUAGUGUUUUGCAGUCAUCUGAAGAAGUGUGACUACUCUCCUGGUGGAUUCCGUUCUUUUGUUUCUGUAAACUCAUUACAAGUAAUGACUGUGCAAGUUACUUCUAGGGAGUGCAUACCAUUUUUUUCAGAUUUAAGUUAGCUGUCGAAGCUGGAGGUCACUGAAUUUGUGUCCACUAUGUGGUCAUCAAAUAAAAUGUACAUGUACACUUACA